GAGCCGGCUGGGAGGGGGGAAGAUGGCCACUUUGGCCCGGCUGCAAGAGCGGCUACCGAGCUUCAAGGAGGAGUAUUUCAGUAGAAACAGGUGUUUAGAUGAAUACAGAAAAAGAGAAUAUUAUGCUGCUGUAAAAAUUCAGAGUUGGUUUCGAGGGUGCAAAGUCCGGGCAUACAUCAGGUAUCUGAACAAGAUGAUGGUAUUUAUUCAGAAAUGGUGGCGGGGUUAUCAAGGGCGGAAAAAAUUCAGAAAAAUGCUGGAGACAGCAUAUUUUAUUAUGAAGAUGAAUUUCUACAAUGAAAUGGCUGUCAGGAUUCAAAAAAGAUGGCGAGGCUACUACGUCCGAAAAUAUAUCCAUAAUUAUUAUGCGCUAAAGAAGUACUUGGAAGUUGUUGCAUUGAAUAAUGAGAUGGUCAGGAAAGAACUAGAAGAGUUUGCAGAGAUGAAGGAGAAAGAAGAGGUGAAAAAAGCUCUUGAAAGGGAAAAAAAGAAAAAGGAUUACCUAGCCCGAAAGAUGCAUUACCUCCUUAGCACUCAGCAGAUUGCAGGCAUAUAUAAUUCACCCUAUCGAAAGUCACCUGAUCCGUGGGAAAUGCAAUUAAAGAAAGCUAAACCUUUGAGGCACAAAAAGAAGAUUGAGAAAAAUGCUAUGGAUCUUCCAUGGCAGACUUAUUCUGAUUCCUUUGGUUUUCAAAUGAUGUCAACUCUUCCUCCAAUUGGAAGACACAAACCACAGGGACCCUUCCGUGAUACUGUUGACGUACUGCACCAACGCUUCAAACCCUUGGAACCAUCUGUGCAGGUGGCACCCUCAAGUUCUUCACUUCAACUUGCCCAAGAAAAACAAAAACAAGAAGAAUGGAGAAACCGUAUAAACGAUGAAGUAUUUUUACCAUUUUCAUAUAAUGUGCCAGAUGACUAUAUUCCAUCCAUUCAGAGAGCAAGCAAAUAUGGUCAGUCAAAUUAUGGACUCAAGCAUUUCCGGGAAGAACACCCAGAGAAAUGGAUAACAAAAAAGGAUUUCUUAACCGUGUUACCAUCAAUUCCUCUGUUUGGAAAGCUUGGUCAAGCCUAUUCCAGAGGUGGACAAUUUGUUUAAACAUUACUUCUCCAACCAGUUUUGUAAGAAAAGCUAACUCUUUUAAGGCCGAAAAUAAUGCCUAUGAUUACUGUACCACACAAUCUUGUUGAAGAUUUUUAUACAGACAUCAUUAGUAUAAUCGAGUUGUGGAUAUUUGAACUGAAAGAAGAAUUCCAAAGCAAUUGGUUAACUGCUGUUAUCAUUUUAUGAAGAAUAUCUGAAAACAACUUCAGGAACAGGUCUCCAUCUUUCCUUUCAACAAUCAAAAGCUCCAAAUAGUAAUGAAAUUUAAAAUAAAUGCUAUUUGGCAACAAUUUGAAGAAUCGGGCAUUUUCUUAAUCAGAUGGUCUCUACUGUUUUUACAGUUAUUUCAGAAAUGUA